GGAAGUAUUUACUUCUAUCAGUUUUAACAUUACUUUCCAGUUUUUUGAAUUAGUAAUUAUCUUUCCCUUAUAAUCGAUUCAUAUUUUUGAUUCAGAUAGCCUACAUCACUUCCAGCAGAUUGGUAUUUUAAGAGUCUUAGAGUUAUGGUGUAUAUAACCUCGAUAUAGUUAUGUGUCACUUAAUGACAGAGGUAUGUUUUGAGAAAUGUAUCCUUGUGGGUGCAUUGUAGAGUGUACUCACAUAAACCUACAUGAUGUAGCCUACUUCACACCCAGGCUAUAGGGUAUAGCUUAUUUGUCCUGGGAUACAUCCCUGUUCAACAUGUUACUAUACCGAAUACUGUAUCUAAACAUGCCUAAACUUAGAAAAGAUUUAGUAAAAAUACGGCAUUAAAAUCUUACGGGACCACAGUUAUAUAUAUUCAAUGUCUUGUUGACUGAAAUGUUGUUAUGUGAUGCAUGACUGUCACUUAGGAAAGGAAAUCCUUUUGAUAAUCUAAUUCAAGCAUGUCCAGUGUCACAUUUCUAAGUGAGGCUCAGAUGCAUGAGUCCUGAAGUUCUUACUGUGGUGGGAUGAAUUUUUUGCAUCCCAGAGCACAGUGUUUAGUGUAGACAUUUAGUAAAUACUUGUUAGCCUGUAUGCACUUUUCUGGUAGGUGCUUCGUGAAAGAUCGGCCAUGUCUUACUCAUCUGUGUAUGCUCGUUGUCAAGUGUAGUGGGUACUCUUUAAAUGCUUAUGAUCUUAUUGGGCUUAAUCUGAUUUUUGACGGUAGCAGUGCCUGAAAGUGCUGAAUCAUGAUAUAAUAAACUUGAAAUAACUCAGUUCCUUUUUUGUGUUGAACUAGAUACUCUGUUAGGUAUCAGGUGUUAGAUACUUGAGAAAAAUUGGGGGAGGAAACUUAACACUGUAAAUUUUGUUCUUUGACUUAUGUUAGUCACUCUGAUAUUGGGAAAGAACAUGACUUAAAUUCAGGAAUAGAACACCUUAGGUGAGCUAAAAUAAUGCGAUGUUUCCACAAGAGCAAAGUGUGGCAAUAUGAAUUGAGUGAUCCUCUGAUUGUUACUGUAGGCCACAUUUUACAAUCUUGCUUUUAUUUUACAAGGGUAUGUUUUUCAGUAUAUAGACUUUUGCAAGGAAUGUGACUUUCAGAGUUUGGACUACCUUGGCAAACUGUCCUAAAUGAUAUUUUAAACAGCUUUAGUUUGUAUUUGAUAUGUUAUGCUUCUUGUUGGUGUUAUAUAAAGAACACUGUAAAUUCUUUUUCUCUUAUUCUUGCCUCUUCUUUUUUAAAUCAAUUAGAAUAGUGUGUUUUUUAUUUUUAUUUGUUUAUUUUUGAGACAGAGUCUCACUCUGUCACUCAGGCUGGAGUGCAGUGGUGCUAUCUUGGCUCUCUGCAACCUCUGCCUCCCAGGUUCAAGCAAUUACUCAGCCUCAGCCUCCUGAGUAGCUGGGACUACAGGCACAUGCCGCCAUGCCCGGCUAAUUUUUUGCAUUUUAGUAGAGAUGGGUAAUGUUGCCCAAGAUGAUCAUGAACCCGUGAGCUCAGGCAUUCCACCUGCCUCACCCUCCCAAAGUGCUGGGAUUACAGGCAUGAGCCACCAUGCCUGGCCAACUUUUAUUUUUUAUUUUUACUUUUUUGAGGCAGAGUCUUGCCCUGUCACCCAGGCUGGAUUGCAAUGGUGUAAUAUCAGCUCACUGCAGCCUCUGCCUCACUAGUUCAAGUGGUCUCCUGCCUCAGCCUCCUGAGUAGCUAGGAUGACAGGAAUGUGCCACCAUGGCUGGGUAAUAUUUUUUGUGUUUUUAGUAGUGAUACGGUUUUGCCAUAUUGGCCAGGCAGGGCUCUAUCUCCCACCUUGGCUUCCCAAGGUGCUGGGAUUACAGAUGUGAACCCUCUGUGCCUGGCCUGCUUAUUUUUUUUAAAAAAUCGAGGAAAAUUUUCAAGCUUUUCUUUUGGAAAGUACCAACCAACACUCCAUUCUUUGAAUUGCCAGGGAAGAUUUGGGCUGAGCAGAUGCAGUGCCAAUUCCAUAGGCUGAUUCCUAUUUGAACAUGUAGAGUCAUAUGAGUAGUAGCCUUCAUAGGGACAUCUUUGAACUACGUUCAUUUUUUCUACUAAUAUUAUUACUGAAAGCAGUUGUACAGUAGAGUAGGAUGGUGUUUAAUUUAUAGGAAGCAAAUCAUCUCACAUCUAUCAUUGCUUCUGAUGUCAGUCCUAGUCUGCCUGGCCUACCCACUGCCAGAUCAGUCUCUUCCACUCAGACAGAAGAUACCUAAGACCUCUGUCACCUACAAUAGGAAGGAUCUGUAAUUAUUCUCGUGCCCUGAGCAUCCAUUGCUCACAAAGAUGUGCUAUCUCACCAUGACCUUGGGAUGUGCUCAGUUUGCCUGCAAGAUUUUCAUUUUUAAAGUACUUUUCUCAUAAGGAGUUUUAGAAUAAUGACAACUUGUGUGUGAGGCAUCUAGAAUAUUUCAAAAUAGUUAUAGAUGGAGUUAGGAUAUAGAAUUAGACAAUUAGUAAGCAUAUCUAGUGCUUUUCCCCUGCUCUGUAGGAUCACACAAGUCAUUUAAACAGAUAAUUUCUUUGAGUAUUUAAAAAAUAACCAGAGAAGGAAUUCCACAGUCUUUCCUUAGUAAGCGAUAAGUAGUCCAUAGAACUGAUGUUUCUUGCUUGGUUUCUUUUUGCAUUCCAGGUACUUGUGGAACUGGGACCUUGUCUUAAGCCUGUUUAGGCACCCUAACAGCCUGAUCUUUCUCUCCUUGCUAUCUCCCCUACCCUUAGGGAGCUGGGACCCAUUCUUGUCUAUAGGUAGGUGGUUGGGGUCUUCAGAGCCAAGAUCCUGUGAUACUGUUUUCUGGACUCACGUGAACUCACCAGAUUGACCCCUUAGAUACUGGGAUCUAGGCUCCGUGGCUGUUAUAAUUUGAACUUUUUAAGGGUCAACUUUUCAUUUGUAUCAAGGACUCUAGGACACUCUGUAUUCACCUAGUCAUGAGUCAGAAUGCCUUUCCUGACUAGCCUGCUGUUGGGUUCUUUGCUUUCUUAGUGGGGACACUUAUGGGUGUCUCCAAUAAACUGGUGAUUUUUAUGCAGUUCAAUGGUAGCUCAUUAUUUUCAAGUGUUUGAUUUUCUGCCUUUUUUUCUCUUAGUUUUGAGCUUUCAUUUGAUCAGGUAUUGGGGUUCUCACAAUGCCAUCUUUGGGUUCAAUUAAUUUGCUGGAGUGACUUACAGAACUCAGGGAAACACAUUUACUUGUUUAUUAUAAUGAAUAUUGCAAAGGAUACAGAUGUAGAGACGUGGGACAGGAUAUGGAGGAAGGGGCACAGAGCUUCCAUGUGAUCUCUGAGUGCACUGUUCUCCAGGAACCUCCAUGUGUUCAGUUAUCUGGAAGCUCUCUAAACCAAGUUUUUUUGUUUUUUUUUGUGGCGGCUUUAUGAUAGCAUUCCUUCCUCCAGGGUAUAGUAUGGGAUCCUCUAUGGGUUGGGGGCAGAGCAUGGGAAAAGCAACUAGAAUUGUGGAUCCAUUUUGACAGCAUUCCUUCCUCCAGGGUAUAGUAUGGGAUUCUCUAUGGGUUGGGGGUGGAGUGUGGGAAAAGCAAUUAGAAUCCUGCCUUGGGCCAGGAGAAAGUUAGAGUCUAUCCCCUGAGGCCCGACACACCUAACAUUAUACCAAAAGCCUGAAUCAAGGGCUGUGAUAGUUAUGAGCCAGGAACUGUACAUGGAAUCUCUCAUCUUUCUCUCUCUUUGUGAGUGUGUAUAAAAUAACAUCACAGGUAUCUAUUACACAUUCCUUGAGCAUGGUCAUUAUCUGUCUUUACCUCCAGACCAUGUGUACCCCAGCGCUGGGACUGAAUCUGUCCAGUUCCUGGAGGUGUCCUUAGCGCUAAAUACGGUGCCUGGCACAUAGCAGGUGAUAAAUAUAGAUUAGAUUAAAUUUCUCCUAACAGGAAGUUCUGUUAUUAGUGUGGGAAGCCAGUGUUCAUAUAGAAGUUUAAAAUUCAUUCCAGAAGUUUAGAUAUUUCAUUGCCAUCAUUAGUACUAGAGAGUCUAUGUGUUUUAAAUUAUAGGCUUAUCCAUAUAAAAAAUGGCAACAUCAGUCACCUGAUAGGACAUUUAAUUAAGAAAAGGUAUUUUCUUAAUUAUUUUCACUGUGUUGUCUUGUAAGGCAUUGUACAUUUCAGUUUUUCUUGAAUUUGAUUAAUAUGCAUCUAUUAUCUUAUAUUUCUUACAAUUAGAAGUUUUAUUAUGAAGAAGUGAGUUUAAUGACCCUAUUUUUGUUGAUUAGUAAUUAUAUGUUAAAGAGUAAAUUCUCAGUAAAAGGCCCUUAAAUGCCUGCUCAUAAAAAAGAGAGACCUCUUUGAUUUUGUUCUCUGUACGAUCCCAGUUCUUGUAUUGAAGCAAGUCAUCAAACUCUUAGUAGUCUAAACCUUUUAUUUGGGUUUCAGAACAGUAGUCGUGUAUUGAACACCCAAAUUACCAUGUCUUUAACGAGUAAUGUGGACACUCUGUAUUAAAAAGGUAAUGACUAUAACUUUUUUUGUAGAAUUUCUUGUGCUGAUUUUUAAAAGAGGACUUUUGAACUAAAUUUCCUGUGAAGGCCAAAAUCUUACACUUUUAAUGGUAGUGGAGUAUGUGUAUAUGUGUAGAGGCAAGGGGGUGGUAAUUUUUGUAGUGGUAUUUUUAAGUGGACAGUUUACUAAUUAUGUGGAGGUAAACAGUUUACAACUCUAAUAGGAAAACUUCAAUUAUCUGAAUGAAUUGAGGUACAUGAAAUUAAUUCAGAUAAGUCGGGGAAUCUUUAGUGUAAAUGAUGCAUGUCAGGGGAUAUGACCUCAAUCUUGAUUAUUUUGUAUAUAUCUGUCAGCUUCUUUUACAUUACUAGAUUGUGAUUCUUUUAGGUCAUGUUAGGAAUCAUUGCUAGAAGAAGAUAAAGUUGCUCUAUAGUUUUGUUUUUUCUUUGCUACAUAGGAAUUCAGAGUGUGGUAUUCUCUGACGAGUGUAAUUGCUCAUCUCUCCCCCAUACUGCCUGCUGUUUUAGGUGGUACACCACAGCCUUACAUAUAUAUCUGUCAGCUGCUUUUAUAUUACUAGAUUGUGAUUCUUUUAGGUCAUGUUAGGAAUCAUUGAUUAAAGCAGGUGAAGUUGCUCUAUAGUUUUGUUUUUUUCUUUGCUACAUAGGAUUCCAGAUUGUGGUAUUCAGUGAUGAAUAUAAUUGCUCAUCUCUCUGCUGUACUGCCUGCUGUCUUAGGUGCUACAGCACUGCCUUCCAUUUUGUCACCUUCCUGUCAAACGUGCAUGGGGACUCCUUAAGAAUACAGGUUUUUUGAAAUUAAAGCCACACUCUGUCCAAUCUCAGGAUGUUUAUAAUUCCUAAAAGUUGAGCAAAUUGAGACAGAUAAACCAUGAUUCCUUCUCUGCCCUUUUUUGGGUUUAAAUAUUAAGCGGCACUUUUGCAGUGUAGGCCCUUAAAAUAGAAACAAAAGGUUGGGGCGUGAUGCCUCAUCUUUGUAGGUCCUAACUUGAAAAUUUUGUGGAUUGAUUGGAGUUUUAGGAAAAUGAUUAUUUGCUGCAAAUUACUAAGGUUGGCAGCAUUCCUGGGCUCUUGGCAUCUGAAAGCUGUUGUGUAAUCUGUAGAGAGCCUGUGUAGGUGUGAUGACAUUGUAUUCUAGGCUUUUUUUGUUUUAUUUUUAUAUAGAAGCAAGCUUGUCUCAGCCACAGAGAUGUGUGCUGACACCUUAUAAGUGAAUUUACUUUUUACUUUUCUUAAAGCACCUGAAAACAUAGCUUGUUAUUUUCAGUGUGCACCAUCUUCCUUUUCACCUCUUGAUCUUUAAGAUACAAGAUAAUUCAUAUCUUGAUUACCUUGGGUAGGCGAGUAUGAUAUCAUCAAGCUCUGUAUCCAGACCUUGCGAGGAAAUCCUAGGUCAUUGCUUGAGGCCUUCUUAAAUGUAUGCAGGCAGUGUGACUGCACAUUUUGGGUUUCACGGUCAGUCCAGACUGAUUUUGACUCUGUACCAUUUAUGAGCAGCAAGCGUUUUUGGGGUUUUCUCAUAUAAAUGGGGGGAUUAGUCUUUUAUAGUAUUAUCUCUUUUUUUUAAGUAACUUAGUUAUAUUACUCUAUUGUCAUUUUCAAAUUCUGUGAAUUAAAGUGUAUCAUUUUAAAAGGAAGUAGGUUUUGUACUUUUUGAAGACAGAGGUAAUCAAGUUAGUAAAAAUCUUUCCAAAUAGAGGUCUUACUCAAUCGACUUUAAAACUAUAGAAGACUCUUGUAGUUAUCAGUCUAUUUAUAUACAAAUAAUACACUCCUGUGUGGUAUAGCAAGGCAGAGUAUGUGUUGUACUCUGGAGUCAGACAGACUUGUGAUAUCGUUGAUUCAUCACUUUCCACUUGGGUAACCUUGGGUAGGAUACUUUACCUAUUUGAUUCAAAGUUUUAGUCUGUAAAAUUAGUAAUGAAGAUUUAAAGAAUAGAGAUGUAAAGAACAAUAAAGAGUAAUAAGGAUAAAAGGGUUGUUGUGAAGACUUAAGAGGAAGGUCUGAGAAAUACUUGGUUAUGCCUGAAUCCAAUAAAUAAUGAAUAUUGUAACUUUAGACAAGUAACUUCACCUUUCUUCAUCACGAAAUUCCUUAUCUAUGGCAUAAGUAUGCAGCUAACUAAUAGGUUUAGUAUGAGGAUUAAAUAAGAUUAUACAUGUAAGUGCUCACUAAAUAUUAAUUGCUAUUAUUUAUAUGAACAAGUGAGACCAAUUUUGAAUUCAACAAUUCAUGUAGAUAUUUAGUCUAUUAUAUGGGGGAUAUUCAUUAUGGAUUUGGGGAUGGUGACUUAUUUAUUCAUAGCUCUUAGUGUUUCCUUAAGAUAACAGUUCACAAAUUGUAGUGUACAGAUCCCCAGGAAUAUCUGAGACCCUUUCAGGAGUGUCCAUGAGGUAAAAACUAUUACCAUAGUAACAAUAACUUUUUGCCUUUUCUAUUGCUUUGACAUUUGUCCUGCUGGUAUAAAAAGCAAUGAUGGAUGAAACUAGGCAUCCUAGAAAUUAAAUGGCAGUAGGAUCAAGCUGUACUAGUAAUCAUGAUAUUCUUCAUAGCUGUGCAUUCACAGAAAAAAAGCCACUUAACAAUGUCCUUAAUGAAGUGAUAGCAAUUGCUAAUUUAUUAAAUUUUGACCUUUAAAUAUGCAUUGUUUAUAAUAUUUGGUGUGAAGAGAUAGGAAAUAUGCAAAAUGCAUUUAUGCUGCAUAUCCAGAGUAUAUUGCCUGUCUAGAGGAAAAAUCCGUAUGUGAAUUUUUUUUGAGUUGCUAGUGAAACUAGCCAAAUUUUGCAUGAAACAUCAUUUUUGCUUGAAAGAAUGAAUACCAGACAAACUGUGAUUAUUUAGACUUAGAAAUUUGGCAGUCAUUUUCUUGAAAAUGAACAAAGUGAGCCUGUCACUUCAAGGAAAACAACUGACAGUAUUGUUGCCAAUGAUAAAAUUCGAACUUUCAAGUGAAAAUUAAAAUUUUAGAUAACUUUUGUUACCUGCUGUGCCAUUGUCAGCUUCCCAGUACUUAAAAGACUUUCCUGAUGAGAUGGGUGGUGAUUUUAAUGAAUGUGAGUUUUUGUUAUUGUAUGUUGGAUUUCGUGAAGAUUUGUAAUAUCUGCAUAUCUCAAUGAGCCAAUAUUUUCAAAGUGACCAGUGUUACAAAAUUAUGGGUAAAAGAUCUUUUCAAAAAACAAGUAACGGAAUACAAAGAAUUCAUGCAUAUGAGAUUCUGUAUUUUGACUAACCCUUAAAAAACUCCUACUUGUCAAGUUUUGGUGUAGUAUCAAAAAAUAACAUCCACAAUUAUCCUAUUGGACUAUUAAUACAUAUACUUCUCUUUCCCUUACUACAUAUUUGUGUGAGGCCAUUUUUUUUUUCAUGUAGCUCAAUCAAAACAACAUAGCAAAACAGAUUGAAUGUAGACAAUGAUAUGAGAAUCCAGCUGUUUUCUGUUAAGCUAGGUGUGAAAGAAAUGUGCAAAGCUUUUAUAACAACAUAAUUUUUCGCACAAAGCUUUUUUCUGUUUUUGAAAGCAAUAGUUUUUCCUAAAACGUGUUGUUUUAUUGCAUAAGUUAUCUUAUUAAAUUUUUAAAAUAAAUUGAUAAAUACUUUAACUUUGUCUAAUUUGAUUUCUAAAAUGGUGAAUGUUGUUAAUUAUAAGCCACAUAUACAAAAGCUCUUGAAAGUACUCAGUAAUUUUUAACAACAUAAAGCAGUUCUGACUAAAGAGAUGGAAAACUGUUUCUUUAAGGGGAGAAGUCUAAAUUCAUCAAAUGAACAAAGUUCUAAAGUUUUAGUCUCUUGAGUAUUCCUUUGGAAUAUGGACUUAACAUGCCUCUAGUCUCUUUUUCUGCUUAUAGGAAUGUAUUAGUGGACUACUGUGACAUUUUCCAAAUAUUCAUAGGGUAAGAAGGUUGCUUUUUGUUUGAGGCAGAGUUUCGCUCUUGUCACCCAGGCAAUCUCGGCUCACCGCAACCUCCGCCUCCUGGGUUCAGGCAAUUCUCCUGCUUCAGCCUCCUGAGUAGCUGGGAUUACAGGCACAUGCCACUGUGUCCAGCUAAUUUUUUGUAUUUUUAGUAGAGACAGGGUUUCACCAUGUUGACCAGGAUGGUCUCCAUCUCUUGACCUCAUGAUCCACCUGCCUCAGCCUCCCAAAGUGCUGGGAUUACAGGCGUGAGCCACCGCGCCUGGCCAGUUUUUGUUUUUAAAAUGGAUGCUACCUGUGUGGUUGCUAUGCCAAAUUAAAAUACGGUUAAUGGUCAUUCUUGUUAGGCUGUUCGUGCUUGAUACCACUCCGUAGGUUGUGAGGUAUACAUGCGGUUUUUGCAGCUGUUCACCAUGGCACAUUACUUCAGGGUUGUAGUGACCCUCAUUUUUCAGAAGAGGCAGGAGGAUUGCUUAAGCCCAGGAAUUCGAGUCCAACCUAAUCAAUAUAGCCAGACCCCAUCUCUGGCUUAAAAAAAAAAAUUAGUCAGGGGUGGCAAUAUACACCUGUAGUCCCAGCUGCUUGGGAGGUUGAAGUGGGAGGAUUUCUUGAGCCCAGGAAUUUGAGACUGCAAUGAGCUAUGAUUGUGCUACCAUAUUCAGCCUGUGUGACAGAGUGAGACUCUGUCUCUUAAAACAAACAAAAAACCCAUUUCUUUGAAGUCCAUAUACUACACUAAUCUGUCCUGACAUUUUUUAAGCUGUUUUCUAGUACCAUCAAUCUACAAUUUAUGAGUGCAUUUGUGAAUUAACUAUCUGCAACAGUGUAAUAUGAAUUACAUAUGGGUUCUGUAGUGCCAUUAAUAAUAUAAGCAUUUCAGCUCAUUAUGGACUAAUUAACAUCUUUUUUUUGUGGGAUAGUACUUUUGACUUCUAGAAAUCUAGCCAAACAUUUCUCCAUUGCAGUCCAGCAGUGGCACAAACCUCUCCUUUUUCCCUCACAACAGAAACAGGGUUGUUAAAGGGUUAGUGACAGCAUGAGAGGCAUUUUGAAGCAAUGCUCAAGAGACAUAGAUAUCUUGGGUAUCCCAUGUAGGUGGUGAGUGAUAGGUAACAGUUUCAGAUGAAACAAGUAUAGAAACUUUGGGCCAACUAGUAAUGGUGGAGGGAAAAAAGCAAUAUUCCAGAGGCUACUUGGUUGGUGGGGGGUGAUAUAUUCUCAUUUGGAGCAGAUGCUCAAAAGUCAGAGAUGCUUUAAGUUCGGUGUUUCUAGGUUGGGGAAUCCAGCUAUAUAGAUUCAAUUUUCUUGGGCCCUUGUUAUGUGAACUGAACUCAAAUAACAAAAUGACAGUCAGUUGGGAACGUUGAACGAGUCUUUGGCCAGAAAUUUCAAUGUAAGAGGAAAAGUGAUGAACUUCAGGGGCGAUGGUGACCAGAGGAAUAGUGGAAGCCAAGAGGAAUGUUGGAAUAUGCAGACUGUUCACAGGGGGCCCAAAACAAAUCCACUAUACAGGAUGGCUAUUAGAGCAGGGAUGGCACUGAUGAUCAGCUGGCAUAGUUCAGUCAAAGAAUGCUGUGACUCAUCCCAUUGCCCAAGUGUCUCUGGCAGAAAAUACAGACUUUUCAGACUGAUGUCUAGUACAGGAAGUCCAUUACAGAGAAUGGUUGAUAAAAAGAAGAAAUUCAGAACCAGGAGAGUUUGGGGACAUGGAGCAGGCCAAUGUUUGUGAACUGGAAUUUGACCUGAAGGUGAGCUCCUUGUCCGCUUGCUGCCCAAAGUAAAUAUUAACACGUUGGACUAAGGCAAGACUGAGCCAAAAGCGAGAGUAAAGUGACUAGUGCUGUCUGCGUUGGUGUAACAGGUCUGGCCCAACAAAUACUUGUCAGUUGAAUGGAUAGAAGUAAAACAGGGAAACAUAGUCUUUCCACUUUGGUUCUUUGCGCAAUGCGCACUAGAUAUCAUGUUACCUACUCAUAAAAAAAAAAAAAAAAAAAAUCCAUGGGUUGGCAAACUUCUCCUGCAAAGGACCACACUAUUUUAGUCUUCAGGGAUCCUAUGGACUCUGUUGCACCUACUUAAGUUGGCCACUGUAGCAUGAAAACAGCUGUAGAAAAAUACAUAAAUGAAAGAAUAUAGCCAUGCUCCAAUAAAGCUUUAUUUAUGGAAAUGGAAAUUUAACUUCAUAUGAUCUUCACAAAAUAUUAGUCUUCUUAAAACACUUUUUUUCAACCAUUUAAAAAUAUAAAUCCAUUCUUAGAUCCUAGAUGUACAAGAAUAGGUUGCAUGCUGGAUUUUGGCCCCCAGGCAAUAGUUUGUUGAUCCAUUUCAGGCAAAUAAAAUACUAUCAGUCAUGAUGCUGAAAGCUUAGCAGUGCUGAAAUAGAUGUUGUCUAGGACAAUGCUGUUGGUGACAUUGUCUUAUUUUAUAGGUGACACUGAUGAUAAUCCAUCUAAGAAUUUAGAUGUGACAUCUGCAGCAGGUUCAAAUCUCUCAGCUAUAAAACAAACUGGAUACUUCCUAAGAUUGUCAUCUAUUAUGCACAGAGAGCCAAAAUCCAUUACUGAAAUUGUCUUGGUGAACCGCCUGCUGGGUCCAGUGAUGCACUAGUAGACAAAGGAGUUGAAAAAGAAAUCUGGCAUAUUCUUUGGAUGACUGGCAGAGUGUGACACCAAUAUGGCACCAAGCCCUCCUGUGAUUCCAAGGACUUCAGGACUGAAAAAAAAAAAAAAAGAAAAAUUUUUUGGUGGUAUCGGUUGGUGUGGUUGAAUGUGUUUUACAAAGGACCCAUUUAGUCAUGAUAUUUAUAGGAUGUGAGGAAGACAGUGAUCCUGGUUUUGAUGGACUCCAGAGAAGAUUUUGGAGAAAAAUUAAUGUAUAUCUGCAUUAGCCAGAUUGGACAUAUGUAAAGGGACACCAGUAUAUCUGGAUCAUCAGGUUGUACUUCAAGAAGACCGUAGGGAAGAACACAUUUUCAUCUUGCUGCAAAAGUUACAAUAGAAGAUCUGAAGGUUUGAAUGGGCCAAUGAGUAUUCUUAUUAUUGAAGCAUUCUAUGGAGGGUCCCAUAAACAGCUGGUGGAUCUUCUCCAAGAAGAGUUAGGAGACUGUGUGCUUUAUACCCUUCCUGCAAAGAAAUGGCAUUGGAGAGCUCGGACAUCUGCUUUAUACUUCUCUCAGAACAUUCCCAUCAGUGAGCAUUACAGGAUCCUUUUUUCAAGCUCAGUGCUUAACCUGACUGAACUGGCUGCCCUUCGGCCUGACCUUGGGAAACUGAAAAAGAUUCUGUACUUUCACGAGAACCAGUUGGUAUAUCCUGUCAAGAAAUGUCAGGAGAGGGAUUUCCAAUAUGGAUACAACCAAAUUCUUUCAUGCCUGGUGGCUGAUGUGGUUGUAUUCAACUCAGUUUUUAAUAUGGAAUCAUUUCUCACUUCCAUUGGAAGAUUUAUGAAGCUGAUUCCUGAUCACAGACCUAAGGAUCUGGAAAGCAUCAUCAGACCCAAGUGCCAAGUUAUUUACUUUCCCAUCAGGUUUUCUGAUGUGAGCAGGACCUUUUCUCAUCUCAUUAGCACCUCCACCAGAGUUGGAACUGGGAAAGAGAAAGGAAGUGUUCAGACAUGUGCCUAUUUGCAUAGUCACGUCACUGAGUUAAUGCCAGGACAGCACAAACGCUUUGUCCAGUUCUAUAGAAAAGCCAGUCUCACCCCAUCAGUAAGAUUCAUGCCCAAGCACAAAACAACCCAUUUAAAGAAGAUGCUCAGCCUUACAGGAAAUGAUGGUGCGGUUCUGUCCACGGCCCUUCCUUUUCAGCCAGAGCAGAGAGAUUCAGAGGAUUUAUUGAAGAAUUUUAAUUCAGAGUGUGAUACACACUCUGGCCUUGAUACUGCACAACAAGAAUGUUUGGGUAACUCAGGAAGACAGGAGUCAGACUUGAAAAAGUCCAACUCAUCAGAUAAUUCAGGCUCUCAUCAUGGGGAGAAUAAACAAUAUCUGACUGUUAAUCCCAACAUUUUGGGUGAAGUUGAUAAUCAACAAAGACUGCUGCACAUUGUCUGGCCUCACAGGUGGGAGCACGAUAAAGAUCCAGAAAGCUUUUUUAAGGUAUUAAUGCAUCUUAAGGACUUAGGACUCAAUUUCCACGUCUCAAUCCUUGGAGAAACCUUCACAGAUGUCCCAGAUAUUUUUUCAGAGGCCAAAAAGACAUUGGGAUCUUCUGUCUUACACUGGGGCUACUUACCCAGCAAAGAUGACUAUUUCCAAGUACUGUGCAUGGCUGAUGUUGUCAUCUCAACAGCUAAGCAUGAAUUCUUUGGAGUGGCAAUGUUGGAAGCUGUGUACUGUGGGUGUUACCCACUUUGUCCUAAAGAUUUGGUUUAUCCUGAAAUAUUUCCAGCUGAAUAUCUGUAUUCAACACCUGAACAGCUUUCAAAAAGGCUCCAGAAUUUCUGCAAGAGACCAGAUAUUAUAAGAAAACAUCUCUAUAAGGGUGAAAUCACUCGGUUUUCUUGGGCAGCCCUACAUGGUAAAUUCAGGUCUCUGCUUACAACAGAACCUAGGGAAGAUUUGUGACAGAUGGGGCUAAGUCACAAACUUGCAGCCUAAGGCAGAAUCUGAAGAACUUUCCAGAGUGUGCCCAUAUUUACCUGAUCAGAGAGAAAAGAAAAUCUGCAGAGGAAGCUGAGCCUGGCUGCUUGUCAUAGCUGACACAGAGCCAUCUGCCACAAACCUGUGGCGGCUUCAGAUCUCCAAUCCCUGCCACCACCCCAACUCAAAUUAAAUACAGAUUCCUAGAGACGUUAUGAUGGUUACACAUGUCCUCGGCAUCACAUGUAGGAGACUGUUCAAAAAAAUAUGUGGCCUGUUGUAUAACCGCACUCAUGUAUCCCAUAUGUGGUGCCACAUUGAAUUUCCAGUUGAAUCUGUUUUUAUCCUUUGUACUGGAUGACAUGGUGCCUGAAUUCUUUCUUUUCGCCGACACGAUGGCAGCCAAACUGCAGCUUCAAACGCUCACACUUGGCUGGGUUUCUACCUAGGUUGCCAGGUUAUCAUCGGAGCCUUCUUGUGUCCUCAAAGGGCCACGAGGCCUGAAAGGAGGAUCAGAAUGCUUCAGAACUAAUUGGGCAGCCAUUGCAGAAUUGUUUGUGGGCAAAGGGCUGCUUUAGCACUUUUCUUUUAGCAAAUUAAUGACUCUCCGGCACAGGUUUUUAAGUGAAGGUAUUAAUAAGAGGUCUGGCAGGUAUUCCCAUGGUUCACAUAGUUACAUUUGCAUUUCAUUAAUCUUAAAGAAAGUUGCAAGAUAAACAGCUGUAAUUCGGACAAGCAUGACAAACACAGUGAGGCCAUCUAGCCCAUAAAAUGAACACUGACAUAGUUGUUUUAAUUUUUUUCCCCAGGUAAAAAUAGAGAAAUCAAAAUACUUCUAACAAAACCAGUAAUUUUGAUAGAAAUAUUUCUCAAAAAUACUUGGAUCCACCUACAAAUACAACCUUUUCAAGAUAAAUGCUUAUGAUUCCAAUAGUCAAACUGCUGUGUUUGUUGAUGUAAAGACGUUUUGAAUGGCUAGAUGGUAAAAUAAGUUUUUAAUAAAGUACUCACUUCCAUUUUUAAUUAGCAUAUUCAUUUACAUAUAGAUGUAUACAUCUACCUAUAUGUUUCUCACUGAAUGUUUUCCUUGUGACAGAGACAACGAAUACAAUUGUUUCUUUUCCGGAUGAACAAGGAUCUGUUUUGCAAAUGUUUGUAAGAUAUUAUGACAUUUCCAAGAUUUUCUUUGCAUUCUGGAAAGCAGGAGGUAAACAUUUGUAGUCAUUAAGGUAAAGUCUGUUGAUAAACCAUCUUCUGUUUACUGACAGGUAAAUUGUAACUUUCCUAGCUUUUGAAAUGAAUAACUUCUAUACACCACAGAGUGAGGCACAGCCAGGGAAAGGUGGCUAGACAAGGGGCAAGCCAGGCUCUCUGGCUUCUGGAAGGAUUGAGUGGGCUAGCAGGCAUCUUAGAUAGAGAAGGCAGUGAUUCAGAAGUCCAAUAAGGCCCAUUUGACAGGUAGCAAAAUCUAAAGCAGGAAAUAGAUAAGGUUAGGGAGUCAGACAAAGGCCUUGGGAGAGAGGCAGUAUUACAUAUCAAAGAAACCAGUCCAUGAGGCCUGGGAAUUUAAAAGCAGGAAGAGUAAGAAGCAGAAACAACAAGCUCCAUCUGAACAGACUCCUCCCUCCAACCUUUAUGAGACCCGCAGUGUGAUGGGCCACCACAGCACUGGUUUCUAGAUUCUUAACAGGGAAGCCAGUGAACAAAAUUACCUCCUCACCCAGAAAACAAAGAGCUAAGGACUAUUUUGGAAGUUCCUUCCCGUCUAAGACUGUGGAACUCAAAAUCUAGCAGGUGUGCUCCUUUGGAGAGCAAAACUAAAGAUAUAAAUAUGAAUAAGAAAUUCUUUGCCACUUCUCCUGGGCAGGGUUAUACUUUAUGCUGUCUACUGAGAUAAACCAGAUGCGUCAGUUUGCUUCUGUCAGGUGCUAUGUCACAGAUGACAUCUUCUCCAACCAGGAAAUAGUGCUUCAUUGACUUUGUUUUUCUAUUCUGAAAAUAAUGGGCUUACACUUUAUAGUGGCUAGGAUAUUCUACACACAACUAGUACCCAUAUAUCUUUUCUCACUACUUGAUAGGAAAAAGAAAAAGCACUAAACAUUUAUGUAUUUUCCUGAUUUAGGCAAAUAUAAUAUUGAAAGUUACCUGUAUGUGGGUAUUUUUUCCACACUCAUAAACGCAAAUCAAAUUUUGCCUUUAGCUGUGGCCAACAUUCCUCCCAGGACAAAAACUUACAUUAAAGGUGUCACUUAUUUGCAUGAUACUAAGAUUUGCAGUUUAUAAAAUUAAAAAAAAAAAUAUGAAGACUGUAAUGUCAGAGUUGCUAUUCAUUCACAUAAGCAAUAAAAAGUUUUAUAAAUGUGUAAUUCUUAACAUUUAAAAAUAUGUAGGAGUGUGUGUGCAUGUGCACACAUGCUUCUCUACACCCAUGACCUAGUGGAAUGAAGUGUUUUUAAAUAAGUUUAUCAGCAUUUUGUUGAAGUCUCGGUGGAUAAUUGGGACUACAGUUUGACUCAUUAAUUGUUUCCCUUUUCAACCACCCCCAUCAUUUAUUGUUCUGAGUAUGUUUGAUGGAAAAUUUAGUCGUUUUUUUUAACUUUCAAUUGUUAAUUUUUUCUUUUCCAAUUCUAAUUAUAAGUAUCUUUAAAAGUCCAUCCAUUAUCAAGACUUUGAUAUAGUGUCUUGAAACACAGUUUGCCCUAAACUUAAUCUGUGUUUCUGGCUAGGUGUUACUGUAACAACUAUCAGGGCACCUGGUUCUUAACCUACUCAUUUAUACUGUUAUGAAAUAGAUGCAAAUACCUUUUUUAAAAUGCUCCUGGUUUAAUAAGCAUCCUUCAAAUACAGAUAAGCUUAAAUGCCCUGCUCCUGUUCUCAGUCCGUCAGACAUCAAUAUGGCAGCAGAAUCCAUAAGUCCGUGGAAAUUCAGCCAUAGAGUGCUGCAUAGAUUAAUUUCAACACCUUGAAAUGCAUCUGGAAGCAAAGAUUUUAUUUUAUGUUGAAGGUGUUAAUUAUAUUUGAUAUUUUUAAAAGUAAAAUCUGUUUUUGAGAAAGCAUCUGCUACCCAGAAAUACUAUGAGCCACAAAAGAAAUUUCACUUAGGUCUCAAAAGAUACUUUCUGUGAAUGAAAGAAUCAGUUUUCAAAUAAUAAUACAUGCUUUCUUUUAAUGCCGACAUGCACCAUGAGCCUUAUACUUCUAUUGACUAUUGACCCAAACUUCCUAUCUUUUUCAGUGGAAAAUUUGGGACUGUUUAAUAUUAGAGCUUAUGUUUAACAAAGAAGAGAGUAUAUUAUAAACCACUGACUUGAACAUGUUUCAUUUUAAAAUUUGAAUUGCGGUACAGACAACUAAGCUCCUAUCCUAUGCCCUCUCUUCAGAGCUAAGUCAUUAAAAUAUAACUGGGGAAGUCUUAAAAACAUACAAGUAAUUCUACAUGCUGUUCAAAGAUACAUACCUGUGUGAUUAAAGUACAGUAUUACAGAAAACCUGGAAAUUAACCAAACUUAAAAUAAUGGUUACACCAGAGGAGCUAUGGCAGAGAAGAACAGAACAUGGAAGUGGGGAGAGGUGUAUUCAUUGCAUGAUGAGUGAUCUGUUUCUUAAGCUGGGUCAUGCUACACAAAGCCUUCUUGCCAUUCUUUAUGACUCCUCAUCAUGUCUUCAGUGUAUUUAUUGGAUAUACCUUUUGAUAGGAAAUGUAAAUACUUUGGGAAACAUUUUACUAGUUGUGCUAUCAGUCUGUCUGUAACAUUUUUUGGCUUCCUCAGCUAUUGAUUGUGUCAGAAAACCGCUUCCCUCAGACAGUAACAGAAACGACUCUACUGCCAACUUUGCAUGAGAAGACUUUCCUCUACUUAACAGGAGCCAGGGACUUCACCCCAACCCUCAUGCUGUGGAGAAAGUCAGACUUAACUAUCCCCAAGUUCGUUUCUUGGGGCUGCUGAUCACCAUUUCUAACUGAGGCCUGUGGCAUUACAACACAAGAUGGAAAACUAUAGCUCUAAACUCCCUUUUAAAGGGUAAGGAAAGGAAGACGAAUGCAGAUGUUAAAUGAGCCCAGCCUUUUGGAUCUCAAAAACUUCAGAGCUGCCUCUUAGAGUACAAGAGCUCUCUGAGCUCCCAUCCACACUGCCCAGUCCCCGUAGUGUUGCCGCCUGUCCCUUUUCAUCUUCAAGGCACAGGAGUGAAUCAUGGUCUCUGUCCUUUCCUUGCAAUCUAUCUCAGGGGAACAGUUCUCCCUGGUAUCUGUGGGAUGCCCUCAUUGCAUAUGAGGCACAGAUGGCUUGAGGGACCAGGCUCCCCACUCACUCUGCAGUCCAUUUCUCUAUGUUGGAAUUUGGGAUCAGUUUUUUCAGGUGUCCUGCCAUCAUCUAUCAUUAUCUGAUUGAUUCCUUAUCCUCUCCCAACCCCAAGGAGAGGAUUCUAAUUGUUUUUAUAAACUGAUAUAAGGAAUUGAUGAUUCUUAGAAGAUCAUUUUAAAUGGUUAUAUUACUUUCCUAUCAAUUACUGCAUUUAAAUAGCAGGCCUGAGGUGUGGUGCUAGAAGAUGUGACUCCUAGGAAUACUGGUAUGACCUUUCUCAAGCAAUUCAAAAUCCUUUAGAUCUGCAAAUUUAAUGUUUUCAAUAUCAUUUCACAAACGAGAAUAUUAAGGCAUAUAUAGUGACAUAUUUAGGAGCUGAAGUGUGUUACAGAAACAGAAGAUUUAUUGUAUAAGCCUUUCGCUACGUGGCAUGCUGUCAUUGUCACCCAUAUGCCGUUCAGGAAGCACCAAGUGCAGUGUACAUGACUCAGUUGGACCCCUAGUUCCCUUCUAUUUCUCUCUCCAACUGGCAGGAAGCAGCAAAGGGCAGUCAGGGUGUUUAUUUUGUGUCCCACGUUUCUGACAUUAAAAGGGAUAUUAAGAGACCAUGUCAUAUGGCCAAUAUUUUAAUUGUUUUUAUUAUUACUCUGAUUCUCCCUUUAGGGAGGCAUUCAGUGAGUAUACCCUAUCUGUCACAGGCCCCAACCACUCUCUGUGGUCUUACCCCUCUGCUGAAUUCAUACAUUUAGAUAACUUCCCUGGGCCUCCUGAGAAGCACUUAUUUUUGUAACCUCCUAUAUUUGAGAUGUAGGAAACAGAGGAGAAGUUGACUUGCCUUGGGUCCCACAGUGGUACAGGCAGAUCUAGAAUUCAGAUUUUCUAGAGCUCUUUCACUAGGCUGUGGUUGGGCAAUAGUCAAGACCAACUCUUCAAGGAGGGAAAAACAUCUGUCUUCUCAUCUCUUUGUCGUCUUUCUUCCUUCUGCCUUUCACUGUCAGAAGAAAUGUGUUAAUAAGUCGCUAAUACCUUACUCUAGGUGUAUUUCAUGUUACACCUGCCAGUAUUUGUAUUCUCAAUGAACAAAAGGAGAGGAAUGCAGAAGAACUGAUUUCUGUAUGAAAAGUUCAGACUCUGUGGCAUUUGUGGUAUUUCUGAACAACUGAUCCUUCUCUAUUGCUUUUUGAAUCAUACAACGACAAAGCUGCUCACCCAGGUAUGUAUAAGGCUUGACCUUCAUCCAAAAGGCAGCCCCUUGCAUCUUUCCGCACAGGGUGGAAGAGCAGAGGGAGCAGGUGGCAGCGUGGUAGCACCUUUAACUGUGCAGCACUGGGCCUGCUUCCUCUCAUACAAAAGCGAUAACGCAGAAAUUACAUCCCGAGACUUACUUCCCCAGAAAGAAAAGGAAGGGGAGAGAUAACUUAAAAAGGAAAAAUUUCUAAUAUGGUAUUAGACCCUAAUUCAUAGGGAAAUUUAUGCCUGAGAUAUGAAUUUCUGGAAAUAGGGGGCUUUUUGGAAGGGAAACACUGAAACGUCCUUAAUUAUAGAGUAAUAAAUACCAAUGGUAUAUUAUCUUUCGAUAUUUCCUUACACAGAUAUCAAAGCAUGCAGCUGUUUUUGAAAACUGAUAAUCAAGUACAAAAUAAGUAUAUUACAUCUUACACUUACAACACACCCUUCAACUAAGCAGCAUCAUGGAGCACUUAACGGUGAGAAACAGAGCUGCUCAUAGUAGAAACCUAACUGAACAAAUUAGCUUUGAAUUGUAACUUAAGAAUCGUAGUCAAACCAAAGCGCCUGUCCUUGCCAGGAAAGGCAUUCCAAAGGCAGAGAGCAUGCCAAGUAAAAAGCCUUUGCUUCAGGAUUAUGGAGGCAGUUCUGAAAAGCAAGCAUAACUUAAUGAUCAAUCAGAAAAAUAUAGAGCAGUAACUACACAACUGAAGGAUGCAUAAAAAUUGUACAAAGCGUUAAUAGUGGAAUGGGGAGGUAGGAUGGGAUUUUACCAGCAAGUAUUAAGCUCUUGGAAAGCUUCGUUUAUUGCCGUCAAUCCACGCAGUAGAAAGAGAAAGACAAACAUGUUCAAAGAAAAGUAUGUGGACAAAUGUAGGGGGUAGAAAAGGAAAUGAAGGUUAAGCAAGGCCAAUAUGAUUCAGAAUAAAAGGGAGGGAGGGAAGUAUAAGGAGCCAGCUGCAAUUACUGAAUGUUACAUUAAGAAGAGCUGAAAUUGAGAGGGGGAGGUCUUGAGUAUUUUACUAAGUGGAUUAAUGUCCUCUUCCUUGGGUGUCUGAAGUUGCAGAUUUUAAUUUAUUUACUGCAGGGAUUUAUAACGGAAUUUGUAAUGGGUGGGGGAGAUAAACAGGGACAAUUAUAAACUGUUAGGAAGUAGAAAAGAGAACCACUAUAUAAUACUUUCUGUAAAUUUAACUGUAAUAAAUGGUUUUAAGCUAUGGACAAAUAUGGUCAAAAAAAUGUUUAGUCCAUGAUAAUAGGAUUUAAAGGGAAAUAAGAGAUAUGUCCAAAAAAACUUAAAGACCAAAACAAAGAAAGAAAAACCCACAUAGAUGUCUGAAGCCAAGAAUUUUGAAUGGAGCUAGUUUUAUUGCUAUUCUCCUUUCUCCACCCAUUUAAAAAAUAAAUCAUAACUCUGGCAUUUAAAAACCUACUCAUGAACAUCAUUUAUUAAUAUAAACUUAAUCCUGUGCUAUUCUUUGGUGGGUGGUAAGAACAUGAACUAACAACAGCUGGACUAAAAGGAUGGCAACAGGACGAUCCACUCAAACACAGGAAAGCCAAAAGAAAAAAACUACUCUGCUCCCUCACGUUACUUAUUUUACAGAAGGAUAAAGCUGAAAAGGGGAGAGGGUGUGGCUAAACCACAGAAAGACUGGAUGCCUAAAGGAAAAAUCUUCAAGUUUUCCUAAAUGUGUAUUAGAAGUGGAAGGGGGAUUUAAACCUUGCAUGAUUUCCAUCAUUUUGUUAAUCUGCUAAUCUGCUUCCCUGGAAGGUGAGAAAAAGUGCUGUCUGUCUUCUGCAAUUGAAGAGACUAGGGCAGAAACUUAAUCAUGUUCUUAUCCGUGAGUUCUUAUACCUGGCUGUCGUCUGGCUGGCAACCAGUCCACAGACUACUGGUUUAGGCAUUUGCCUGGCAAUAAUGUUAGCCAUCAUUUAAAUUGUUAAAUAUGAAUCAGAAAAUCUUUAAGAAUUACUGAUAGGCAGGUGUUAAUAUUGAAUGUAAUAGUAUUUGGGGUGUGGGUAAAUCAUUUGACUGGAACCACGUGGGGAAAAAAAAAGACUUGGAAAUCUUAUUUUUUUAAAUGCUGUUGGGGAGAUGGCAUUAAUGAAAAAUAUGUAAUUGAAAGUGGAAAAAAUCAUCUACAAAGAAGAUAGGUAAAAAUGACUAAGCAAAGCAGCCUUGUCACCUUCGACCUGAUGCUUCAUUGUAUCAGAAGAAAGUAAACAGAUUGCUAACAAAGAGACAACCCCUUCUAAUUUCCAAAACUGGCGCAGCAACAGGAGGAGGAAAAUAGAGAAGAAUGCACUGUGUGGUGGCUCAGGGUGAUCCUUUGAGUAUUAAAAAUGAGGGCACAGACCUAGAGGUUUUUAGUGGUCAGUGGGUGGACUUUAGAUUCUGAACACUCCUCCACCUUCUGUGGAGAAUUCGGGACACGGUGGAGUUAAACCAGUAUCUUAAAUCCCAGGCACAGGGUGGAGAUUGCUUCGUGAUCAUGAUUAAUUAAAAGGAAAGAAAUCAAAGCAGACAUCUCUCCUUUUUCUAUUUGAGUCGCAGAACCAUGGAGGGGAACUUGUGCUCUCUGGUGCUUGCAGCUAUGUUCCCUGGCUUUCAAUCGGCUUGGCUUCUCCCCUUGUAUUCUAAUGCUGUGAUAACAGGCCAAUAAAAUAGAAUCUACAAAAUUGCAAAACAAAA